UUGGCAACACCCGCAUAAUUGACCGCCACCCGUGAGCAAAUCGUUCGCUCGAUCUCGCUCUGUCGAUUGAGUCCGGUUGUGGAAGCCAUUUUAUUCUUGUGAAUGUGACGAAAAAUUUUUUGGGGUUUCUCGUUUUCAAAUUAAUAGUGUCAAUGUGUGCCCGUGUCAAGUGUCGUUUGUGACGUGUAAUCGUGUUCCCAAAACUAAGAAAUGUACGUGUUUGAAAUCGGUUUGUGUUGACCUGCCCCGUUUCUCGGUCGCACGGCAGGCAUCGAUUAGUGCAACAAGGCGGCCUGUAAUAACGGCGAAUCGAGGCUGUGAACUAGUUAGUGGUGUGCGCCAUGGGCAACAAUGCUGCCACCGCCAACAAGAAGGUGGACGCCGCCGAAAGCGUCAAGGAGUUCCUCGAUCAGGCCAAAGAGGACUUCGAGGAGAAAUGGAAGAAGAAUCCUACCAACACCGCCGGACUGAACGACUUCGAGCGGAUAAAAACCCUCGGCACGGGGUCCUUCGGCCGAGUUAUGAUAGUCCAACAUAAACCGACUAAAGAAUAUUAUGCUAUGAAAAUAUUAGAUAAGCAGAAAGUGGUUAAACUCAAACAGGUGGAGCAUACGCUAAACGAGAAGCGAAUUCUGCAGGCAAUCAACUUCCCGUUCCUGGUGAGCCUUAAGUUCCACUUCAAAGACAACUCAAACCUCUACAUGGUGCUGGAGUAUGUGCCGGGCGGCGAGAUGUUCUCGCACCUGCGCAAGGUGGGGCGCUUUUCGGAGCCGCACUCGCGCUUCUAUGCGGCGCAGAUCGUGCUCGCUUUCGAGUAUCUGCAUUACCUCGACCUCAUCUAUCGGGAUCUCAAACCCGAGAACCUGCUCAUCGACUCGCAGGGUUACCUCAAAGUCACCGACUUUGGCUUCGCGAAGCGCGUCAAGGGCCGCACGUGGACCCUCUGCGGUACACCCGAGUACCUCGCGCCAGAAAUCAUCCUUUCGAAAGGGUACAACAAGGCCGUCGACUGGUGGGCCCUGGGAGUGCUGGUAUACGAGAUGGCAGCGGGGUAUCCGCCUUUCUUCGCCGACCAACCCAUUCAGAUCUACGAGAAAAUCGUGUCGGGUAAAGUUCGUUUUCCCUCCCACUUCGGGUCUGACCUGAAAGACCUCCUCCGUAACCUUCUGCAGGUGGAUUUGACAAAGCGUUACGGCAACCUGAAAGCGGGCGUGAACGAUAUCAAAGGACACAAGUGGUUUGCAAGCACCGACUGGAUCGCUGUCUUCCAAAAGAAGAUCGAGGCACCAUUCAUCCCGCGCUGCAAGGGCCCUGGCGACACGAGCAAUUUCGACGAUUACGAGGAGGAGGCGCUACGUAUCUCAUCGACGGAGAAGUGUGCGAAGGAGUUCGCCGAGUUCUGAGCGCGCGGCCGCUGCCUGCGCGCGGAUUCUCCCGUGAGUAGGUUUUUGUAUUAGUGAAUCUUCCGUGACCAUGUCGUGGAACGGUGACGAGUGCACGUCUCAGUCGCGGCUCCGAGUGGCCAUGGACGCUGUCGCGCGGGGUCACACCCUGAACGCACUUGGAGUGUCGGCGGGACGAUAGUAGAACUGAUUUCCGAUAUUUCGGUGGCGUUCAUUUGCUUAGUGCCCUUUCGAGUUGACAUAAAAUAGAGCAGAUAGAGGAAGCUAAGUGAUCCUUGUUCUGGUGAUAUUCCCGAGAUAAUACAUUACUACCAAUGUCUUUACCCAAACAUCACUCCAACCACUCAAUGUCAUUAUAAAACUCUUACUUUAAUUAUGUUUGUAGAUCACUGUCAUUAGUGUUGGGGUGUGGUGAGCCUUAUUUAAUAUGUUUUUAUUGAUUUUAUGGAAUUCAUACAAUUUUGUAAAUUAUGUAUCAUGAUCAAAUAUUUCUUAUUGCUUUUUAAGAUUAAUCUUCACAAUACGAUUUAUGGAUUUCUAUAUAAGCAUCACUUAACCAUCGAUUUAGAGCUAUUUCAAACACUAAUUUUUAGUCGAUAUAUUGAAUUGAAUUUCUUAAAAAUACUUAUCUUCGUGGAAUGUUAUAUAACUUAUAAGUUUUAAUUAAUUGACAUUUCGUUAUUGGUUUUAUUUAUAGAAGUUAUAUUGUUGUAUCAGUUGAUAUUUUAUUUAAGGAACUGUAACUACAUCAAAUUUAUUGAAGAGAUUAAUUUAUUAUAUUUGUAUGUAGUUGUGUUCACUAUUGUGCAAUUUUGACUUAUGUGUUUGUGAUCUGAUGUGAGGAUUUGUUUGGAUUUAAGUGUAGUUAAUUUGUAUAGUUCCUUAUUUAGUAGACUUACUGUACUUUGCUGUGGAAACUUGAAAUAAUGUAGCCCAUUGCCUGUGGGUCCGGCCGCCUGGUGCUGCAUGGCCAGCUGCUCACUGCUCAGACUUAUUGCUAGCAUCAGUUUAUGGAAGCAAUAAAUUUUAAUACCUUCAAACAUAUUCCCAUAUGUAAUGAGGUGAAUAUUUCAGGUUGUGUUUAAUGUGUUUUAUACAUUGCAACACUCCAGCACAAAUUGAAUUAUAUGAGAGAAUUUUUAUAUUUGAAAUAUUUCCAAUUAUGUAUAGGAAUAUGUUAACACUUCUUAGUAGUAAAUCUCUAAAAUGCCAUUAUGGCGAUAUCUUGUCAUUGAGACUGAUGUUAUCAAUAAGUGUAAGUGUAAUGAAUCAAUACAUCUGUGUCUGAUACUUCAGUCCCACCAUUCUUCGGCGUGCGUGGAGUAAGGAAACUGGCAAUGUUUACUAUAAAGUUUGUUAGCUCUUAGAUGUAGAACUUUGAAUCCAGGCUGUACAAAUAAAUAUCUAGUUAUUUGUAGUGCAUUUUACAUUGUGAAGACAUUGUGCGCGUCUGUGGUAAUAGUCAUUAGGUUGAAUAUCCUGGGAUGGUUACUUAACCAAUCUGUGCACGUUUCUUGUAUUACUGACGUGACUCCUGAAUACACUUGAUGCAUGCCUUUAGUUGGUCUGUCCUGGUCUGACCAGUCCACAGUCAGAUGUAGAAUGUUGGACGAGAAUCAUAUCAAAUACUUAGGAACUCUUUAUCUCUAUAAAUCAAUGUAAAUUUAUAAAAUUUGUGCAAUCAAUGUUGAUCUGGUGCCCUAUUAAAUGUCCAACAUUUGCUAAAAAAUUAUUUUCCUAGCCAAACGCAUGUUCAGUUAACUAUGUGUAUUUAUUCUCUUUAAUAUUUAUGAAAUUAAGCACUAAAAAUAAAUGUGAAAACAAUGUCUUAACUGGUGAAGUCUGGGUCAAAAGUUUGUUAUUGUUUGAAAAUGAUAAUAAUGUUUAUUACGGAAAGAUUGUAGUUGAAUCAACCUACAUUUCUUAUUAUUUGUAUUUUAUUAAUUGGUGCCAUAAUUAUGUUUCGAAAUAGAUGGUCCUAACCUGUAUAUAUUCAUUGUCUUGUUAAGAUUCUUUUGGAUAUUUUUUGUCGUGAUCAUUUGUUAUAAUGUAAUUUUAUAUUUUCAUACACCAGUGAAGGGCACUCCAGUGUUCGCGUGAGUCAAUUUUAGUGUAUCUGUGCAGGGGACUGCGUUGCGUGACGGUCGAUGCCAAAAACACAUUAUGGACAUGUACAACUCACGUUAGUUUUCGUAAUUUUUAUAGCAGGUGCGACUUGAUAGUCAGUGGUUACGCAAUUCAAGUUGUCCUCGCACAGACACGCUCAAACUUCUCAAUUGCACCGUUCUUAGUAAAUAAUAUUUUAACUCGAACUACCAAUCGAAUCAAUCAAUCGUUAACAAGUAGCUAGUCACUUCCACCUUAUGAAUUUCUUCAUACGACAUUCUAAAGUGGUGUUAAUAAGAAACAUAGCUCGGUGUCCAACGCUUUAGAAUUUUUACUAGAUUAUUAGAUCGACUAAGUAUAGUUAGUUUCUUUUGAAGUUUUACAAAAGUAAGAUUAAAAUGGAUUGGAAUAAGCGAUAACGAUAAGUGUGUACUUUCCAACAGCUGUUACUUGAUAGACCUUCAAUAAUGUGAAGCUUGGAAUCGCUUCUCACAUCACCUACUAUUGUUCUAAGCAGAUACUUUUUCAAUGAGAAUUCUAUUGUCUAGUUCAUCAGAGAGCUGUAAUCACUUGUUUUUGUAAGAAAGUGACAUUCACCAUUUGGACAUUGUUUUGUACGAGAUAUUCUAAGCGUUUGAAUAGACUGUACGUGUCCUCUGAUCCUUAUGCAGCCGCAAUUUAGUAGAUUGAAGCCGACCUCUAUUUUUGUUAAAUCGUAUUUAAAUAUAAUAAGGACAAGUAAAGGAAUUUCUGAGGUGUACCCUUUGUUACUGUCAUUGUAUAUAACUCUAGAGUGAUUGUGUCCCCGGUAAUUAGGUGAUUUGAUAUCAGAGCUUGGAUAUAUUGCAGUCCUUCAUUCCAGUAGCUUCACUACUUACUCAUCGACACAAUAUGUGGACGUUCUAAUGUGAACAUUUUAAGCCAUUUUGGAUAUUAUAAACAUUAGUGUGACAGUAUGUGUAUUUGCGAACAGUCGUCUUUUUAUAUCUGUGCGUAUUAAUAAUUAAAAUGUUCACGUAUAGAUCUAUUAAAUAUCGAGUGCCUAUAGCAUUGAAAGUUCAAGUGUAAAAAGUCAGUUAAUUUCAGUAAUUAUUUGUCACCAUGUAUUGAUCUUCCAUAAAAUUACGAUGAAAUUAAAAUAUCGAUGUAACAGUA